ACGGUUAAAGAAAAGAAGUUUCCAUUUUGGAUAGCAGAGUUGCCAGUAAGUAGAGGAAAAAAAUGCAGGCCGCCCGAUCUGGAAUUCCAGCUCUCCGAUCAUCUCGAAGAUUCUUGAAUGCAACAUCCGCAUCACCGUCGACUCAAUGGCGGCGAAAGGAGCAAUAAUAAGCGGAGCUAGGGUAUUUUCCCAAUCAGCAACAGCUUAUUCCCCGAAUACCUUGGAAAAACACGAAGUCACUUCUCGAGUCCUUGAUCUUCUCCGAUCCAUUUCUUUGAUUGAUCCUUCUAAGGUGAGUGCAACUACAGGUUUUAAGAACGACUUGCAACUGGUGGAAGUAAAUAUGGCCGUGGAAGAAGAAUUCGCUGUUGAGAUCCCUGACAAUGAUGCCCAGAAAAUUGCAACUACAUGUCAUCUCAUGGACUUCAUAGCAGCCCAUCCACACGCCAAAUGGGAUUCCUUUCGUGGCUAGAUGAAGUCCUGUUGCCAACUUUGUUCUUUCUCCUAUCAAAAUCCUGUAAUAAUUUUGCCGUGGGUAAUCACAAUCGAAUUUGCCAUGCCUCAAAAAAUUGAAGCACUCUGUCUUCUGGAAUGAUAAAGAUGUUUAUUAAUGUCAAAUUUGGUGCUGCGGCUAAUUAUGAGGUGAACCGACUGAAUAAAUGUUGGUCCUUACUGUAAAGGUUGUGGACAAAGCAGAAAUGUGCACAGCGGCCUACCUGUAUUAUGGAUAAAGAUCCAUUAUUAUGCAUCUCUAAUGGAAGCAUAGGCUGACAAAUCCUGACCUGGGUGACCAUUGUCAAGUUGCCGAAUGAAGGUUAAUCAA